GAGAAAUUAAAUAAAUACAUAAAUUCUCUCCAUUUAAGUAAGCCUUUUCCUGUUACACUGCCUCAGAUUGGACCUGUGUGUAUCUUUGUUGCCUCCUGCAGGGCGUUCACCUUUACUGCAGUGGCUCAGCUGUGUUUGUUGGGCAUCAUGUGGAUCUUUGGCUGUUUCCAGUUUAAUGAGGGCACAAUAGUCACGUCCUACCUUUUCACCAUCUUUGGCAGCUUUCAGGGUGUGAUGCUCUUUGUCAUGCACUGUCUGUUUUCCAAGCAGGUGAGGGAGGAGUAUGGAAACAUCCUGUCCAGAUUCUGUGCACCUUGGAAGAAGAGCUACUCAGAGUUCAGUUACUCCAACACCAGCAAAGCUCAAGGAUCCAAGAGCACCCAUGACACAGCAGAGUCUCGUAUCUGAGGAGCUAAAUAGCGACGUGGGAGCAAGGUCUGAUUUAUUUCCCGGAGACACACCGCCUAAUGCUGAGCUACCAUUUCAAUGCACUGGUUUGCUUCACUGCAAAAUGUUGUAAAUGGUAUCCUUUGUUGUAUUUUCUUUGCAUUUUCAUUGUUCACUGUAUUUGAAGCUACGUAUUUAAAAUGCAGCUGAUCGCUGUUCUAAUUAAAUACAAAUUAAGGAUUUCCUUUUUAAUGAGAACAUGAGAGAUGAUACUCCACAGUGAGUGUUUGCGCUUUACUUUCAUGCACACAAGUACUGGAGUAUUUGUCAAGUGGUAAAUAAUGUCACUUGUUUUGAUU